CCGCCCCGGCCGCUCUAGCCGGCGGGCGGGCGGGACCAUAGAGAGCCCGCGGCACCGCCCCCUCCCCUGCCCGAGCUCCCGCUCGCGCGGCUCCCACAAUGCACCGCACAAUGGCCCGACCGCCGCCACUACCGGGGCCUGAGCGGGCCUGGCGGAGCCCGAGCGCGGCCCGGCCCGCAGCGCGGGGCCCCGAGCGCGGUGAAGAGAUUGUUUUCUGAAGGCUGCGUUGGAGGCUGUGACAGAACAGAGAGCCCUGUGGAGCUGAUGGGGAGGCUUUCUCAAUAACAUGGCCCUUCGCCAUUAGCCUUGCCAUGACCACAUUUUUCACCAGCGUCCCCCCCUGGAUUCAAGAUGCAAAGCAGGAGGAGGAAGUGGGCUGGAAACUAGUUCCCAGGCCUCGGGGCCGGGAGGCGGAGAGUCAAGUGAAGUGCCAAUGUGAAAUAUCGGGGACACCCUUCUCAAAUGGGGAGAAGCUGAGGCCUCACAGCCUCCCCCAUCCAGAGCAGAGACCGUAUAGCUGCCCUCAGCUGCACUGUGGCAAGGCUUUUGCCUCCAAGUACAAGCUGUAUAGGCACAUGGCCACCCACUCAGCCCAGAAACCCCACCAGUGCAUGUACUGUGAUAAGAUGUUUCAUCGCAAGGACCAUCUGCGAAACCACCUGCAAACCCACGACCCCAACAAAGAGGCCCUCCACUGUUCUGAGUGCGGUAAGAAUUAUAAUACGAAGCUGGGCUACCGGCGCCACCUGGCCAUGCAUGCUGCCAGCAGUGGUGACCUCAGCUGCAAGGUAUGCCUGCAGACCUUCGAGAGUACCCAGGCCCUGCUAGAGCACCUGAAGGCCCACUCACGCCGGGUAGCAGGCGGUGCCAAGGAAAAGAAGCACCCCUGUGACCACUGUGACCGGCGAUUCUAUACUCGUAAGGAUGUGCGACGGCACCUGGUGGUCCACACGGGCCGGAAGGACUUUCUGUGCCAGUACUGUGCCCAGCGAUUUGGCCGCAAAGACCACCUGACACGUCAUGUCAAGAAGAGCCACUCACAGGAGCUGCUCAAGAUCAAGACAGAACCAGUGGACAUGUUAGGCCUACUCAGCUGCAGUUCCACAGUCAACGUGAAGGAAGAGCUGAGCCCUGUGCUGUGCAUGGCCUCUCGGGACGUGAUGGGGGCCAAGGCCUUCCCUGGCAUGUUGCCCAUGGGCAUGUAUGGUGCCCACAUCCCCACCAUGCCCAGUGCGGGCGUGCCACACUCCUUGGUGCACAACACGCUGCCCAUGGGUAUGAGCUACCCUCUGGAAUCUUCACCUAUCUCUUCCCCAGCUCAGCUUCCUCCAAAAUACCAGCUUGGAUCUACCUCAUACUUGCCCGACAAAUUGCCCAAAGUGGAGGUGGAUAGUUUUUUGGCGGAGCUUCCUGGAAGCCUGUCUCUCUCAUCCGCUGAACCCCAGCCCGCCUCACCUCAGCCGGCGGCAGCUGCGGCCCUCCUAGAUGAAGCACUGCUUACCAAGAGCCCCGCCAACCUCUCUGAGGCCCUCUGCGCUGCUAACGUGGACUUCUCCCACUUACUGGGCUUUCUUCCUCUCAACCUGCCCCCAUGUAACCCUCCCGGGGCCACUGGAGGCCUGGUUAUGGGCUACUCCCAGGCCGAGGCACAGCCCCUGCUCACCACUUUGCAAGCUCAGCCUCAAGAUUCCCCAGGAGCUGGGGGACCCCUGAACUUUGGGCCUCUACACUCCUUGCCUCCUGUCUUCACCUCUGGCCUGAGCACCACCACCCUGCCUCGUUUCCACCAGGCAUUCCAGUAGCCCCGAGAAGGCCUUCAGCUCAGUCUCGGCUCUGUCAGGGAGCCUCAGUACCUACCCUAUCUGCAUCCCCUGUGAAGGCAGCUGAACUUUCAGAGCUGGGUUCAAAAAGAAAAAAUUCCAGUAUCUGUAUGGAGCACUUGGUUUGAGGGCUCAGACUCCAGGAUCAGUUCUAGGAGGAGCCUUGAGCCUGAACCCCAUGAAAAGAUCUCAUACAAUAGGACUUCAGGUAUUUUUACCUUUUUUUUUUUUUUUUUUAAUCUGAAUCGGGAGCCACACUUAGCCCUCUCCCUCUCCACAGUGUCAGAACUUCCUUCUCUUUGGAGAAGGGAGAGGUCUCUUGGAGACACAGAGGGUUUUACUUUGGAUGACCUCGAGAGAAACAGCCCAAGAAGCCCGCCUUCUGGUCCCAGCCUGCAGACCCCACAGCAGUUGGUCGGCCCCGCUGCACAGCGUCCAUCACCUGCAUCCAGCCAACGGGCAGGAGAGGGGGCCUCUGUUCUUCCCCAUCACCGCCAUCCCUCCUGUCCUAACACCUCCAUUUUCAGUCAGUGUUUUCCAGCAACGGUACCGUUUACACAGUCGCCUCAGACACACCAUUUCACCUCCCUUGCUGAGCUGUUAGCCUUAGAAUGAUUGCAGUGAACAUUGUUUACACUCUGUGAAUCCAUUCCCACCAGUCCAUUCCAGUUGGCACCAGCCGGAACCAUUCGGUACCUGGUGUUAACUGGAGCCCUGUUUACAAGGCGGAGUCGGGUCUCGCUGACUUCUCUUCACUUGAGGUCACAUUUUUCCCCUGUGGGGAAAUAAACUGACUUUGGACUGCUUCAGUCUCUGCCAUCUUCCGUGACUGUGUCUGUUCCUGCCUUCCCCGGCAGUGUCCACAGGAGACAGGCAAGAAGAUCGGAGCAGUUUUCUCACAGGUCUGCAAUUCUGUUUUUCUCCACGUACAUCAUGACCCCUCACCCUCCUUUUGAACUGGAGCGGGGAGGAGAUGAAAGGCAUUCCCUAAUCCUCACCCUCAACAUCAGGAGCUGUUAUCAUUAGUUUUGGGGAGAGGGAGGAGAGUUCUAGGCUGGUGUGGAUAGCGAAGGAGAGGGUGUGAACUGCUCAUUUGUCUCUCUCCUACCUGUCCCUUUUCUAGGAAGUUGUGGAAUUGCUGGAAGAAGAGUUUUCAGAAAGUUAGGACUGGGCAGAUAAUUGAGUCCUAACCUCUGGGUAUUCAUCAUUGCCUCCCAUACCAAACUUUUUUCUUCUCCACAGUGUUCCUCCUCUCUCUUCCACUUUGCAGUCCCUGUGAAACUCAGAGCCACUGUGCAUAGGCUUCUCUGCUCGCCAUCAAAGAAUUUCUACCUUCCUCUUGUGGCCCCUCUCAGUUUUGCCCCCCAGUACUCAGCAAGUUUGCUUGCAACAGAUGAUUAGUUCUUCUUGUCUGACUUGGGGGCUCCCUGCCACAGACAGCACAGCUCUUGGCCAGCUGAACCCCAUCCUUGCUUCAUCUCGUUCUGCAUGGGCUUCGCUCUUCCCACUCGUGGAAGGGAGGUAGCUCAGGGACUACCAAUGUGGGGUCCUCUUGAGACACUUCCACUCUGAUUCAGAAACACACUUCUACCUCUUUACUGUUAACUCCUACAGAUGCAGCCAGCAGUUUCCGGGCACUUCUCUGAGCAGGUGCCUCAUACUGGCUUCUCCACUAGGGUUUCAGGACAAACUACCAAGGAACUGCCUCAGCCUCUUCCAAGUCCUCCCCCCACUUCCUCUUUCCAUGUAGAAAUCACUUUGGUUUAUCAUCAGGAACUGAGCAGGUCUAAGACCCAGGCUUCUGCUUCAGCCCAGGCCAGUACUCUUUCUGUGAGGUGAAAGCCUUAAAAUGUAGCUCCCUGGCCCUUGAUUGGAAGCAAUGUGGAGUGAAUAAUUGUGUUUUAAUUUAGGUAGGCUAGCUUGGGAUACCUUUUUAAAAGAAUAAGACAAAACCAGAUAUAAAGAUGUCUGGCAAGAUUAGAAUCAGACUAGGUGAUUUGCUUCUAAAAAUUAGUUUCAGUGAGUCCCAGGGACUAAUUAAGGUUUACUUUAAAAGCGUCCGCCUUGGUACGCAGGCACCUCCUGCAUGCUGUGCAUGUUAUUGGGACUCGUAUAUAGGAAAUGGUAUGUGAGGCUCCAAGCAGGACUCGGUGAUGCCAUUCUCCUUGUCUGUGAUCUUCAUCACUAGACCCAGCAACCCUGCCCCCCCGCCACCUUCCCCGCACCUUUUGUUUACAGAGGCAGGUGGGCCUCUGGCCAUAGAAUAUAUAAAAUCUUGGGCUAUCAGAGGAGUCACCUCUUUGCCUGCUCUUUCCAGUUCCUUCCUUGAAUUCUCUCUCCUGUUAGUGAUGCUGGGAAACUCAUAGGACAGGCAAAGUAACUAUUUAAAACCUUGUAACUGGGGCCUUGCUCCCACCCCUUUUUGUCCUGUUCCUCCUUUCCUCUUCCUUCAUGCCCUUACCACCCACAAGGAAUUUUCCUAUCACUGUGAACUUUGCUGGUGCAGAGGAACAUCUGCCUUCACUUUUUUUUGGACCAUAGCCACCCAGCUAUUUCUUAAACUUCUCUUCCCAAAAUUAAAAAAAAAAAAAAAAAAAAAAUCCUCUUGGCCUGGUUGUUCAAAGGAUAAGAAUAGCUUUAUCCUCUUCAGUACCAAACUCACUUCAGUACCCUUACUGAGGCCAUGAGAGCCUAGGGGUUUCUGCCCAGGACUGGAGCCAUGGCAUAUUGGCAGAGACCAAACAGGGACUGGGAAAGAGGGGUGACGUUCCCUUUCCCCACCACCUCCAACCUCCAUCCGCGAUGAGCCGCCCUGAACAGCUGCAGGCACCGGCCGGCCCCCUUGCACGGGAGCUGAUCAGGGUUGAGUGCAGUCCUGGGGACCAGGGAAUAGCAUGCUGAGCUCUGUCAGCUCAGGGUCUGCGCACAUCUUCAGGAGGUGGAAGGGAUAGGUGGGGGAAGGAACACCAAUGAUUUUUUUCCUCCCAGCCUUUUACCGAUGGCAUUUUGUUAAUGGAAAUCUGGGAAGCAGGUGUGAUUACUUUUUUGCUCGUAGAUGUUGUCCUAAGUUGAAAUUCUCCCACUGCCCUAAAAUUUCCCCUAGUAGCCCUUUAAAUCCCUCACCCACCUUUUUGGUAGCUGUGUUUCUCCACCCCCUUCUCCACCUCCCCUUUUAUCUAGGAGCUGUUUUUAGCACGAUUUUUUUUUAACAGUUUAUAUUGUACAGGAUCAAUAUUUUGCUUUUUAACAAGGAUAUUUAUGUAAUAAGAAACUUUGCCUUAGGCAGGUGUUGGCCAGAAAAGUCCAGAUUCCUCUGGGACCCCACCCUGGCCUCUCCUGGAGCUCUGAACCUGCUGUGGAAGGAAUUGGCUGUGGCCUCACCACUGGACAGUAGGGUCUGAGGCGAGGGAAAGGCGUGUACUGGUUCUGACAGGAGAAGAAUCCACCGUGGUAAUCUAGUGCCUCUAUGGAGGGGUUCGGAAGAAGCACUCCAGUUCCGUUUCUUCAGAUGUAAGUCACCUUCCUUAGCUGAUUCUCCCCAUAAUGCACCUCUCCACCUCUUACUGUUUGGCACUAGAACUCCUGAAACACCACUUCAUGCACCUCCCUCCCUGCCAGUGGUCACGGCUUUGGAGCCACUCUUUCGUAACGCCAGAUUAUUUAAAGAGAGAAAAAUACAAGACAAAACCUUCUAGCACUUUGUAAACACAGUGAAUAACCUCUUGGAGUAUUUUUGGCUUUAUAUAAAACAAGGUUUUUAAUUGUAAAAUAUAAGUGCCAUUAGAAAAUGCACAGGGCCUAUCUUUGUUAAAGUAGAUUUUUCAAUGUUUUACAGAAUUACAUUUUCCAAAAAAAAAAAGUUUUUAUAAUGAAGUUGUUUAUUAAAAACUUCUGAAUGAUG